AUGUUGAAUGCUGCUAUUGAACUUGAGGAUGCUUUUGAGAGGUAUUCUGAGGAAGACCCCCACUAUGUAGUUGAUUUGAAUGAGAGGGAUGGUAAGGGUAGCCCUGAUUCUGAUGAUUGGAAUAAUGUGAGAAGAUUUUUUGAAUUUCUACAAGCCUUUUAUGAUCUGACCUUGCAUGUCUCUGGCUCUUUAUAUGUCACUUCCAAUUUGUUUUUUCAUGAAUUGGUGAGUGUUGCUGUACUUUUGAAAGAUUUGGUUUCAAGUGAUGAUCCGGAUAUGUGUCUUAUGGCUUGUAGAAUGAAAGAAAAAUAUGAAAAGUAUUGGGGUGAUCCAGAAAAAAUAAACCUCUUGAUUUUUAUUGCCGUUGUCCUUGAUCCUCGUUAUAAGCUUGAUUAUGUUCAGUGGAUGAUAACUGAAAUUUAUGAUCCUAUUGUUGCAUCAAAGUUGGUUGAUAAUGUGAAGGCAACUUUGAAUGCUUUGUAUGAGGAGUAUCGUGUUUCUUCAUCUAAUGAUGUGAAUAGGGAGGAAGUGUCUUCAAGUAAGGAUGACAAAACUCCAUUGUCUCCCAAACAUAAAAAGAUUGAAGUCUUAAAGAGUAAGUAUAAGAAACACAAGUGUGAGAAAGAUGGAGAUGCAAAAAUAGAGUUGGACAAAUAUUUGGAGGAGGAUACGGCAGAUGAUAUAGGUGAAUUUGAUAUUUUGAGCUGGUGGAAGUUCAAUUGUUCAAGGUUUCCUACCGUGGGGAGAAUUGCCCGUGAUGUUCUAGCUGUCCCUAUUUCGACAAUAGCUUCAGAGAGUGCAUUCAGCACUGGUGGCAGAGUUCUAGAUCAGUUUAGGAGCUCAUUAACUCCCCGAGUUGUAGAAGGUCUUGUUUGUGCUCAAAAUUGGUUACGUGCUUCACAAUUUCCAAGUAUUGAAGAAUGUUUAGAGGAAGUUGAGCUGCUUGAAGAAGAUUUGAAGAAUAUGGCAAUUAGUGAUGCUGAUAUUGAUGAAGUGCAAAUAAUAGACUGA